AUGGCUCUAAUUGACAGUGAGGCUUCGCUCAAACAGAGGUGCCUGCCCAUCGAGGGGGACGACUCGCUUUUCGAGUCUCUGAAGGCCAAUGGAGUGAAGACGCUGCGUCAGUUAGCAUUUGCACUUGGGAGCCCCCAAACGCCCCCAUCGGAUGAUGCGCUGAGGGACCUUGCGGCUAAAGUAUACAAAUGUGCCGAGGGUACUCAGCCGACGAUCGGACAGAUUGCGAACGUUCGCAUGCUUAUCUUUGAAGCCUCUACACUGGUGGUGGCACAGUUGCGAGCCCAGGCGACAGCGGAUGAUUCAGAUCUUGCUGGUCGUAAGUUGCCGCAUGUUGAAAAGCAGGCACGUUUGACUUCGCAAAAGUCCCGACUGCCCGGGCUUCUGAUAGAGGGGGAGCUGCAGCCCAGCUACGCGCUGGUGGAUGCUUGUGCCCUCAUGGCCGAAUCCAACAGCAUCACUUGGAUCAGCCCCUCGCGUUGCACAAAGCGUGAUGCUGAGGUGCAACAACUAGGGAAGGAGAAAACCUCGUUGGUCCAAAUUGAAGCAGGCACCUUGAAGGUUAGUGCAAGCAACAAGUUACCUGAUGCUGAUGCCACCACUGCCUUGCAACUUCUUUACUGUUUCCAGAGACGAGGUUUGGCUUUGGAUCAGUGUAGCCUCAUCGGCUGGUCGGACCAUGAGUGGUACGUACAGAGCCUUAUGUCCUAUCUUCAUGGAGAGCCAGUGUCCGGGGCCAGGCCCGCGAUUGCCCAAGUCAUCAGGGCAGACCGGGAGGCUUGGACAUUGAUGAGCCGUGAGAUUGAGGGACCGAUCGGGGUAAAAGAUGCGGCUGGCGAGCUGGUGAUGGCGGCUGCUUUGAGGCGGCUGGCCAAAGACCCUCGCGUAGUCGUUCACCUUGUCACGGCGCCGCAACCUCAGAGAGUCGCUCCACCGCCUUCCAUCCCUUCCGAUGCAGCUGCUGCCGCAGCAUUGGCUGAGAAGGCUAACAAGAAGAAAAAGCGCAAGCGUCUUACAAACCUUGUGCCAGAGUCUUUGAAAGGAUGUGUCACCAAGAUCAAGGGGCCUAUCUGUUGGUCCUUCAACCUCGCUGAGGGGGAUAUCAUGUUUGUGCCGGAUGCCACAAGGCCGGCCACAGCUUCCCAAGUUGCCGAAAAGGAGGCUCGUGACGGUGAAGCUUCGCGAGCCUCGAGUGAUGUGGAGUCCCUUGCCGCGUCCAUUUUGCAAAUGACCGGUCCUUUCGACCAAUCUUCGCUGUUGCAGCUGAUUGAGCUGCUACCAAUGCAGAACCCUCCACGGGGGAAGGUUGGACGCUCCUUCGGUGCUGGGGCGUAUGCACAAGGGGGCCUUUACGGCCUUCAUUCCAAUACGAACCUUUUUCCAAACGUGUGUGCUGUCUUCGCGGCACACCUACGGAGGUUUGCUCCGGGCGAGUUCUUUACAAGCUUUAUUAUCCUAGAUGACUGUUCUUCCGAGGUGCAUCGCGAUUCCAACAACGACGACUCCUGCUGCAACAUCCUGCUGAAGUUGUCCGAAUUCCAAGGAGGGGCCGUGUGGGUUGAGGGUGAUGGCGACAUUGAAAUGACUGAUCCUAAAGGACGUGUCUUGAAGGGUCAUGCGAUUCCCUGGGAGGAUAAUAAAAUCACUUUGGAUGCAAGGAACUUGUUUCAUGCUACGCUCCCCUGGACGGGGCGGCGUCUCGUGCUGGUCGGAUACACUGUCAGGGACUUCCAAAAAGUGUCAAGCGAUGAUCGGCAGAGGCUGCUUGAUCUCGGCUUCCAGUGUGCAUCACAAACCGAUAGAUCCAGAAGCCCGGUGCCCGCCGAUGCUCCGGUAAAUCUGGGACAUGUCGGAGAAUACCUGUUUCUUGAGGUGAACGGUUUGCCCGGUCUUUUCGGUCAGCGGGUCAUAGCCAAAGUCAAAGCUUCCCUUCUCCAGUCUGGGGUUCAGGAAUUCGCAACGGUCUCUCAAACCCGAGAGUCCGAUUCCACCUUCGAUGGUCGACUGGCUUUGAACGCAUUGCCGCGAGGACGGCGCAACCCACCUUUGGUGCAUGAAUUUGUGUCUUUCAAGUUUGUGGCUGUGCCUGCUGACCCUCCUUCAACCGAUGCAUCUUUGCUCGAUGGACUGCCUAAAGGGUCUCGGGUCUUGUCUCGCCUGACCUUUGAUAGGGGUUAUGAAGAGGCUUGUAAGACCCUGAUCAUUUCCUCUAGUGAAGUUACAUUGGCGGAUGGCAAAUCAGAGUUGCUUGAGGGUGAGUUGGUAAAAAUUGGCCUGCCUUCCGAGCCCGAGGCAUUCGUGCAACGAGCAGUGCAAGCCGGCCACCCUAGGGACGGAAGUGCACAUGUGUCAAAGCUGGUCAUACAGUCAAUCAAAGCAAACUUUAGCGAUCCGCCAGCGCAAACCGUGACCUCUAGGGUUGCUGCUCUAAAGCAUUGGACUACCAGAGCCAAACAGUUAGAGCAAAAAGAAGAGGAGUUACACCAGAGUUUGCCAGAGCACCUGCGUUCGCUGCUGGAGGGCAAGCGGCUACUCUUGUGGCAGGAAAUGCACAAAGCGGCUGGAUCACCAGACGACCAGCUAAUCUCCCACAUGUGUGAGGGAUUUAGGUUGUCGGGUUGGUUGUCGCAGGGUCUAAAUCAGUCGACGGCCGAGAAAAUGCGCGUCCGGCAGGAUGAAGACUUGGAAAGGGCAACAUGGCUAGUGCGCGUCAUAGAUGACGCCAGUAUAUGCGGUAUCAACGCGCUACGCAUCAACGAUGGCAAGUUGCCUGCGUGCAAGGGCGAGGCGGAGCCCAUGAUCAUGGGUGCGAACUCCUUGCCGUUCGGUGCAGUGGGCAGUGUUGCGGCUUUCCUCCGCAUCUCGUUGAGCAUAUGGCUGAUAGGCAUGAGGCUGUUCAGUAUUUUCUGGACAGCCUUUUUCGACGACUUCGGAGUCACGACUCGAGAUGAACUUGUUGCCAACACCGACUCCUGCAUAUGUGCCAUCUUUGAUCUCCUCGGAGUUGACUUUGCUCGGGAAGGCAAGAAAGCACCACCGUUCUCUCGAGAAUUUAAGCUGUUGGGAGUCAAAGUGGAUUUGAAUGAUGCCCCUCGGGGAACUGUGAGGAUCGGGAACACUGCCGAGCGCCGAGAAGAGCUGAGUGUGUUCAUCGAAAGCAUCUUGAACGCCAAUUGUCUUGACCUCAAAACUGCUGAAAGGCUCAGAGGCAGGUUGGUGUUCUUCGAGGGGUUUGUUUUCGGACGAAUGUCGAACUCGUCCAUCCGAACGGUGGACCGUGCAGCCAGAGCGGGGCUGACUACGAAGAGUUUGCCUGAAGAUGUUAGGAAGAGUCUUGUUGUCAUUCGCGAGAGGCUGAGGGUGGCUGAGCCUGUGACCAUUGCUACAAAAAACCAUCAGUCUUGGCUCAUCUUCACAGAUGGAGCCUGCGAAGGCGGGAAAAAGCUGGGAUCCAUUGGAGGAGUGAUCGUGGGCCUUAAUGGCCGUCCGAUAUCCUUCUUCAGUGAGCAAGUCCCGCAGGACAUUAUGAGGAUCUUGCUGCGAGACUCGCAGAACCCUAUUUUCGAGCUUGAGCUUCUGCCCGUCCUACUUGCGUAUAGGCUCUGGGGCCAGUGGUGCAGAUUUUCUCAAGCUGUUUUUUAUGUGGACAACGAAGGUGCUCGCCAUUCGAUAAUAGCCGCGGGCGGAGGCGCUGCACUCGCUCGUGUGAUUAUCGAUGGCAUCCUCUCAAAGGAGACAUCCCUUCAAAUCCACGCAUGGUACGCUCGUGUACCUACGCACAGCAACGACUCCCCCAGCAGGGGUGAGUACGAGGGUCUCUUGAAUAUUGGAUGCUCGAGGCUUCGCGUUGACUGGGAUGCGGUGGCACGGCAGUAUUUUCCAUUGGGGUGA